AACGACUUAUUAGCUGUUUAAACAUUAACGAUUAGUUAAUUAAUCUUAAUGUUGAUUUAUGAUUUUAAAUACAUUAGAUAUUUAGACACUAAUCAGAAUAAAAAGAUGAAAUAAACAAAUUUAGUAAAGAUCGAUUAUAGCCAAUAAAUAAAAAGCGAUUAACAAAUAACAUAACCUAACAAAAUGGUGUUUGCUGAAGCUCAAACAGAAUUUAAAUUAAAACAAGUAGCAGAAGAACCGAUAUCGUCGGUUAAAUUUGGUGCACAUUCAAAUCAACUUUUGUUAGUUAGUUCAUGGGAUUCAACUGUACGUUUAUAUGAUGUAUCUGCCAACACUUUACGACAUAAAUACAAUCAUGAUGCUCCAGUAUUAGAUUGUUGUUUUCAAGAUGCUGUGCACUCGUAUAGCGGUGGAUUAGAUAACACCUUAAAAUCGUACGAUUUUAAUACAACAACAGAAACCGUAAUUGGUAGUCACUCAGAAGCGAUACGAUGUGUGGAAUAUGCGUCUGAAAUCAAUGCAAUUGUAACCGGAAGUUGGGAUGCAAACAUUAAGUUAUGGGAUAGUCGAAUGCCUGGAUCAUGUACAGGAACAUACAAUACAGCCGAUAAAGUUUAUACAAUGAGUUUGUGUGGUGAGAAACUGGUAGUAGGUACCGCAAAACGUAAAAUAAUUGUAUGGGAUCUACGUAACAUGGCAUAUCCAAGUCAAAAACGUGAAUCUAGCUUGAAGUACCAAACACGAGCCAUACGAUGUUUUCCAAAUAAACAAGGUUUUGUAUUGAGCAGCAUUGAAGGGCGUGUAGCAGUUGAGUACUUAGAUCGUAAUCCAGAAAUUCAGAAGAAAAAGUAUGCAUUCAAAUGUCAUCGUAUUAAGGAAGAUGGUCUUGAACGUAUUUAUCCUGUAAAUGCAAUCAGUUUUCAUUCACAAUAUAAUACGUUUGCUACUGGUGGAAGUGACGGAUAUGUCAAUGUUUGGGAUGGUUUUAAUAAAAAACGAUUAUGUCAAUUUCAUCGAUACAAUACAUCAAUCACUUCACUUAGUUUUAGCCAAAAUGGUACUGUGUUGGCCAUUGCAUGCUCUUACCUACAUGAAAUGGAAGCGCCACCAUCAACACCUGAACCUGAAACAGCCGUUUAUAUUCGUCAUGUUACCGAUCAAGAAACGAAACCCAAAUAAAUAAACAUCGGAAUUGUGUGCGUGAAAUAUUUAUUUAACUUAAAUUUAAUAUCGCUAUACAUA